AUGGCUGAAAAUCAAAAGGAUGCAACUUCCGCUAAGUGUUUUUCAGGCAUUUUUCAAAGACUACUUUGUGGUGGAAGCCUCCCAACACACCCUUCUGAUCAGUAUACGAAACCAAAUGGAGUAGAAUUUGAUCAAUCUAGUCAGAAAUUACCUUUCAAGGCUGAUGAAAAUAUUAAUAGUAAUAAAGUUAAAGCCAAUAGUCCAGGAGUUGUAGCAAGACUAAUGGGAUUAGACUCAUUACCUGAAGAAAAAAACACGUUUGUUGGUUCAUUUCCAAGAAGCAGGUCAGUUAAUUCUCUAGAUUACUUGAUGCAGUUUAAUCUAACUGAAAAUUUUCAUCAUAGAAGAGUUAGAACAUCUGUGUCUUUUCGCGAAAUACCAAAUUUUGAUCAAGAAUUCAAGUCAGAGUUUUUGGUAUUUUGCUUCAAUAAUGAAGAAGAGAAAAAGAACUUUAGUAUAAGAAAAUCCAGUAAGGUGGGAAAUCAAGAAUUAAUGAAGCCAAAGAAGGUUGCAGAUAGCAGUAGAAAAAAUGUUCAGAAAAAAGGGAAGAAGAAACUUGAUGUUGCUAAAACAUCAUUAAAUAUGUCUACUACUGGCCAGAAAAAAGAAGCUUGUGGAAAACAAAAUAGGAUUGCUAAUAAGGUGAAAAAGCAAAUGAAGUUUGAGGAUUAUCCUAGGAAAGUGUCUGUUGAAUCCAAGGUUGAGAAGAAGAAAAAGAGCAAGAGCAAAUGUGCAGUGUCUACAAAAAUACAGCCUUUGUUUAAAUCAGCAGAUUCAAGUCCAGUCCACCAUCCUCAACAAGUUGCUACACCAGCAG